UUCACUUCAUCUUCCCCAAAUUCAUAUCCAAAUGCUUUUCAUUAUUCCUAUUUCCUCUGUAACAUAAAACACGAAUUAUUAUUACAAUUAAGUCCUUCAAUUUUCACCUCAUAAUUUAUCCAUUUUAGUCUCCAUGAUACUCUCAAAGCUCCGUUCGUUAUCUCGAUCUUCCCGUUCGCCGAAUGGGGGUAUUUUCGGAAUUGGAAGAUCAGCAAUAAGGGCAGCAGCUGGAGAUUCAAUUAUUAACAAUAAUAAACAAAUUGAUGCAAAAUUAGGGUUUUUUAGAGGGUUUUUGAGUUCUAAUAGAACAACUCAAUUGUCUGAUUUUAAUCACCUUCUCUUUUCUAACCCUAAAUUUGUUCGGUUUUUCUCUAGUGAAGCUCCUAAAAAGAAAAAUUAUGAGAAUUUUUAUCCGAAGGAGAAGAAGGAGAUUCCGAAAGGGGAUAAUAAUGAUCAGAAAUCUGAGUCAAAAGAGGAAUCAAGUGCAGACGAUGAGUGGAACUUUCAGAAAAUAUUCAUGAAACAAUUUAAUUUACUUACUCCUUUGAUAGUGAUUGGGUUGUUGCUUGCUAGCUUCCCUUUUGGUUCUGAUGAACACAAGCAGAUUAGCUUCCAAGAGUUCAAAAACAAGCUUCUUGAACCAGGUUUAGUUGACCAUAUAGUGGUUUCAAAUAAAUCAGUUGCUAAAGUGUAUGUAAGGAGCUCGCCUCAGACUCAAACAAAUGAUGAUGCUGUGCAGAGUUCCACCAACAAUGCCCCUGCUAGAGGACAUAGCGGCCAGUACAAGUACUACUUUAAUAUUGGAAGCGUCGAGUCUUUUGAGGAGAAGUUAGAGGAAGCCCAAGAAGCUAUAGGAACUGACCCUCAUGACUAUGUACCUGUUACAUAUGCAUCUGAAAUGGUUUGGUACCAAGAAAUUAUGAGGUUUGCACCAACACUUUUGCUUUUGGGAACCCUAAUGUACAUGGGACGAAAAAUGCAAGGUGGAAUCGGUGUUGGUGGUGGGGGCGGAAAGGGUGCACGUGGAAUAUUCAACAUAGGGAAGGCCCACGUGACCAAAGUGGAUAAAAAUGCUAAGAACAAGGUCUAUUUCAAAGAUGUUGCUGGCUGCGACGAGGCCAAGCAAGAGAUUAUGGAAUUUGUACACUUCCUCAAGAACCCGAAGAAGUACGAGGAACUGGGAGCUAAAAUUCCUAAAGGUGCUCUUUUGGUAGGUCCUCCGGGAACAGGAAAGACCCUUUUAGCAAAGGCAACUGCAGGGGAAUCCGGCGUGCCUUUUCUGUCCAUAUCUGGUUCAGAUUUUAUGGAGAUGUUUGUCGGUGUCGGACCAUCCAGAGUGAGAAACUUGUUUCAAGAAGCAAGGCAAUGUGCUCCCAGUAUUAUAUUUAUUGAUGAAAUUGAUGCAAUUGGCAGAGCUAGGGGUCGAGGUGGUUUCUCGGGUUCCAAUGAUGAGAGGGAAAGUACCCUUAAUCAGUUGCUGGUAGAAAUGGAUGGCUUUGGAACUACCACUGGAACCAUUGUGCUUGCUGGCACUAACCGACCAGACAUUUUAGACAAAGCCUUGUUGAGACCGGGUCGGUUUGAUCGCCAAAUAUCAAUUGAUAAGCCUGACAUAAAGGGUCGUGAACAGAUCUUUAAGAUCUACUUGAAUAAACUUAAACUUGAUAAGGAGCCAUCGUUUUACUCUCAGAGGCUUGCAGCCCUUACGCCUGGAUUUGCUGGGGCAGAUAUAGCAAAUGUUUGUAAUGAAGCUGCUCUAAUUACUGCAAGGCAUGAAGGACUGCGGAUCACAAUGGAUCAUUUCGAGUCAGCAAUAGAUAGAGUCAUUGGUGGUUUGGAGAAAAAGAAUAAGGUAAUAAGCAAGGAGGAACGCAGGACUGUUGCUUAUCAUGAAUCAGGUCAUGCUGUUACUGGGUGGUUUUUGGAACAUGCUGAACCCCUUCUAAAGGUGACAAUCGUUCCACGUGGUACUGCUGCACUUGGGUUCGCCCAAUACGUUCCUAAUGAAAACCUUCUCUUGACCAAGGAGCAGCUAUUUGACAUGACAUGUAUGACUCUUGGUGGCCGAGCAGCUGAACAGGUUUUGCUUGGGAAAAUAUCUACCGGAGCUCAAAAUGACUUGGAGAAGGUAACAAAGAUGACCUACGCCCAAGUAGCAGUUUACGGAUUCAGUGAAAAAGUCGGUCUUCUCUCGUUCCCGCAACGAGAGGACUCAAUGGAGAUGACCAAGCCGUACAGCAGCAAGACCGGAGCACUUAUUGAUGGGGAAGUGCGAGAGUGGGUAGCCAAGGCAUAUGAACGGACAGUCCAACUUGUUGAAGAACACAAAGAGCACAUAGCUCAGAUUGCCGAGCUUUUGCUCGAAAAGGAAGUUCUUCACCAAGAUGACUUGAAACGGGUUUUGGGCGAGCGGCCGUUUAAAUCAAGCGAGGCUACAAAUUAUGACAUAUUUAAGGAAGGAUUUAAAGAAGAAGAAACUUUAGUAAGUGGUAAUGAGGAUGAUGAUGCUUCAACCAUACAGGUUGCUCCUGCAUAACAAUUGGCUCGUUAAUAAACUUUGUACAUUAUUUUUCAAUUUUUUUUACUUAUAACUGAAUUUUGUAUAAUUGCAAUUCACGGACUGAGUGUCAUUAGAUUCGAAAAUCGCAUUAAAGUGCAGUACUUGCAUUCAGUGUUCAAA